AUGAGCGGCCUCCUGCUGCUAGGGAUACUUGCAGCAGCAGAACGAGCAGGUGCUUCAGCUGCAGCAGCUGCAGCAGCAGCAGCAGUUGCUACAACUGCUGCAGCUGCUGCGGUAUCUAUUGGCGGCUUCGCCGCACCUUCUGUGCAGCAGAGCAGUCCUUUAUCUCCUCCCUUAAAGAAGGAAAAGGAUAAGAAAGAAGAAGAAACUUCUCUUCCCCAGGAUCAGCCAGAAGAAGAAGGGGGGCCCCGCGUGCUGGUGACUGUGGGCAGCACUUCAUUUGACGGUCUGAUUGCUGCUGCGGGUUCUGCUUCAUUUUUAGAUACGCUGCGGUGUAUAGGCAGGGUGUCUUUAACUGUACAGGUAGGGCGUGGCAAGGUAUUACCUUUCGGCAUUUCUCCUGACGAUCCCGAGUUAAGGACUGCAGCUGGGGUAUACGUACAGCUUGAGGGGUUUACUCGCGUAAGGGUUGUACGUUUUAUACCUUCUUUGCCGCUGCUGCUGCAGCACUUUGAUAUAAUUAUUUCUCAUUGUGGGGCUGCUACGUUGCUGGAGGCUCUGCGGGCUUCCCGUCGUGUAGUAGCUUGCGUAAACCCUUCCCUCCUGAAUAACCAUCAGCUGCAGCUAGCUGUACAGCUAGCCAAGUCGCAGCACUGCGUUUCGCUGCAGAGUCUGAAAGAUCUCCCUAGAAAGACCCUCGAGGCGUGGAGGCGGCCUCUCCUAUAUGCUUCACCAACGACACCAUCUCCAGCAGCACCAGUAGCGUCAUCAUCAUCGGCAGCAGCAGCAGCAACAACAGCAAACGCGGAAGUAGCAGCAGCACCAACAGCAGCGCCAGCAGCAGCAACAGCGGAAGCAGCAGACAGGGAGCUUUACGAGAAGCCCCUGCUGCCGCUACCUCCCCCGAAUAGCGGCUGGCUCGCCGCUGUGAUAGAGGAGGAGAUAACAGAGGCAAUGGAGACAGAAAUAUAG